AUGGGGGGGGUUUGGCGGGGGCUGAGAGGGUGGGGGGGGGGGGGGGUAAUGGGCGCGGGGGGGGGCGGGGGGGUGGGGGGGGGAAGGAUUGUAUAUAUGGGGGAAAAAGGGCGGGGGGAGUUUAGUGGGGGUGGAUGGUGGGGGGUGGGGUGGGGGGGGGAGCGGCGGGGGUGGGGUGUAGUGGGGGUGGGUGGGGGGAGUGUUGGGUGGAGGGGGGUGAGUGAUGUGGGGGGUGGGUGGGGGUGGGGGGUGUGGGGGGGGUGGUGGGGGGGGGGGGGGGGGUGGGGGGGGUGGGGGUGGGGGUGUGGGAUAGGGGGGUGGGGGGUUGGGGUGGUGGGGGGGGGGUGGGUGAGAGUGGGGGGGGGGGGGGGGGUGGGGGGGUGUGGGGGUGGGGGGGGGGGUGGGGUGGGGGGGGGGGGGUUGGGGGGGGGGUUGUGGGGGUGGGGGUGGUGUGGGGGGGGGGGGGGGGGUGGGUGGGGGUGUGGGGGGGGUGGGGGUGGGGGUGGGGGGGGUGGGGGGGGAGGGGGGGGGGGGGGGGGGGGGGGGGGGGGGGGGGGGGGGGGGGGGGGGGGGGGGGGGGGGGGGGGGGGGGGGGGGGGGGGGGGGGGGGGGGGGGGGGGGGGGGGGGGGGGGGGGGGGGGGGGGGGGGGGGGGGGGGGGGGGGGGGGGGGGGGGGGGGGGGGGGGGGGGGGGGGGGGGGGGGGGGGGGGGUGGGGGGGGGGGGGGGGGGGGGGGGGGGGGGGGGGGGGGGGGGGGGGGGGGGGGGGGGGGGGGGGGGGGGGGGGGGGGGGGGGGGGGGGGGGGGGGGGGGGGGGGGGGGGGGGGGGGGGGUGGGGGGGGGGGGGGGGGGGGGGGGGGGGGGGGGGGGGGGGGGGGGGGGGGGGGGGGGGGGGGGGGGGGGGGGGUGGGGGGGGGGGGGGGGGGGGGGGGGGGGGGGGGGGGGGGGGGGGGGGGGGGGGGGGGGGGGGGGGGGGGGGGGGGGGGGGGGGGGGGGGGGGGGGGGGGGGGGGGGGGGGGGGGGGGGGGGGGGGGGGGGGGGGGGGGGGGGGGGGGGGGGGGGGGGGGGGGGGGGGGGGGGGUGGGGGGGGGGGGGGUUGGGUGUGGUGGGGUGGGGGGUGGGGGGUGGGGGGGGGGUUGGGGGUGGUGGGGGUGGUGGGGGUGGGGUGGGGGGGGGGUUGGGGGGGGGGGGGGUGGUGGGGGGGGGGGGUGGGGUGGGGUGGGGGGUUAUUUGGUUGUGGGGGUGUGGAGUAUGAGGGGAGGGGAGGUGGGGUGAGGUGUGGGUAG